CUUUUCCAAUUUAAAACCAAGGGAAAUAUAUGGAUAAUCACAUUAUUCCUUAAUUUGUUCUCCGUUUAGCAUUUUUCAUUUUGUCUGAACUCUGAACGGCAAAGAAACACCGCCCCUCUCCUUGCACGACCUUCCCUGCCGUUGUCUUGCCGACGUUACCGUGUCUCCAUCUCAGUCUCAGGCGCCGGCGCAACCUCGAACCCGUGUCCAUUCCCAUCUUUGUUCCUUUUGCUUUCGUUCUUUCUAUCCUUCCCUGCAAUCUUCUUCUCUAGGGCCUUUCACAGACGCAAAAACCCUGGUAUUUCUGGGAGCAUCAAAGGAGCUUAUAUAUCUCUUCAACUAGAUAAAAGGUUAGAACGAUGCCCGAUUUGCAGAUUUAAUGGAAAUAGACAUGGAGAUUGAAAACCCCAAUAAUGGUUUUGAUUCCUCAGACUCGGCUGCUUUGCAAUGGAGCCAAUGGCAGCUCUUGGAUUCCAUUCUCCCAACUGGUGGGUUUGCUCAUUCUCUUGGUCUUGAGGCGGCAAUCCAAGCCCACUUAGUCUCAACUCCUCAACACCUCCAAACCUUUAUAACUCACCUUUUGGACAACACUGGAAGCUUACUCCUUCCUUAUGUGUAUUCCGCAGCCAUGUCGCCUGAUGGGCAGACAUGGCACAAACUAGACAAAAUGUUGGAUGCCACGCUAACCAAUCAAGUGAGUCGAAAGGCAUCCGCUGUGCAAGGCUCUGCACUUAUGAGGGUGGCUGCUGCCGUGUAUUCAGAGAUUCAACCUUGUCUUAAAAUCAUGAGAGAUGCAUCUUUGUGCUCGACUUCUGGGAAAGUACUAGUUUGUUUCCACCAUGCUCCCAUCUUUGGCCUUGUCUGUGGGGUUCUUGGAAUAGAUGGUACAACUGCUCAGAGAGCUUACAUGUAUACGACGAUGAGAGAUGUGAUAUCUGCAGCAACAAGGCUCAACUUGGUAGGACCCUUGGCUGCUGCCGUGUUGCAGCAUAGGAUGGCCAAGGUUGCUGAAGCUUUGGUGCUUAAAUGGAUGAAUCGAACAGUUGAAGAGUCAUGCCAGAUUGCUCCUCUUCUUGAUACUGUUCAGGGUUGCCAUCCCUACUUGUUUUCUAGACUCUUCUGUUCUUGAGUCAUGAACAAGGCCCAAAAUAUAUUACAUUGCAAUUUAAGUUACUAAUUCUCUAUGUAAUUCUUUCUUCUCAUGCAAGAGAUGAUUGAAAAAUUCAGUUCCAAUACAACAACGAUUUGACCCAUGUUUUCUCAUAAAAUUUAUUUUAAUUCGAUUGGUAUUUAUUCAUGGUU